AUGGAACUAGACACCGAUCAUGCAGAGGAUGUUGACUAUGGCAUGAAAAUGCUUGCCUUUGGCUGUCGCUUUCUCUUCUUGAUGCUAAUCGUCCUCAUCUACCUUCACCAAGCUUACUCCACCUUUCGUCGGCGCAGUCGUCAUCAUGGCAGCGGCCAACAGCUUCUCCCCCUUCACAUUUCCUCGACCAUCUUAGCCACCGCCCAGAGCAAGGGUCGUCUGGAUCCUUCUCUUUUCAAGUUCCUUCCCACAUUCACCUACUCGUCCACCAUUCAUCUUCCACUCAAUGAUUGUGCCAUCUGCUUGUCGGAGUUGGAAGAAGGAGAUGAAGUUCGCACCCUCCCAAAUUGCAGCCACAGCUUUCAGUCUCACUAUAUUGAUAUGUGGUUUCGUUCUCACUCCAUCUGCUCAGAGUGUCAAUCCCUGGCUGAGCCGUCACAAACUUUGAAACAAGCCUCUGUUUCCAGGGAUAAAUUUAUUUGUUGCUUAGUGUCCUAA